AUGACCACACCAGAUAGACACAACACCUACAAUGAAAAGAUGCCGGACCCUGACCGGCUAGCUCCUGACCAAGCUACCCUUCACGAGGAUGAAUCAAGGGAAUACACGAGCCGUCUGACAGAUGACCUCGAACUUCUCCGGGCCGAGAGGCUCGUUACGACGCAUGAGCAAGAGUCUCACUCAAGGACUUCGAUACAUAACCGGCGCCGGGCACCAUCACCGAUACCAGAAGACGCAUUCAACGAGCAGAUUGACGAGAAGGAGCAGCAUGCCGGCCCGGUUCAGAACCAGGAGCCACCGACGCUGGCCACCAAGGCGUGGCUCAAGAUUAAAAAGUUUCCUCGCGUGAUCCGUUACCUUGUCUACUGGAUGCCUGUGGCCGCGAUCCUGUUGGCUCCCAUCCUCAUCGACAGGCUCGCGUUGGAGGAUGAGAGACAGCCGCGCGUGGGAGGUGAGGGAGGCGUGGAGCUCUACUGGUUCGGCAUCUGGCUCCAGAUCCUAUGGGGCACACUCUGGGCUUCGCGGUUCCUGUGCGCCAUCAUGCCGUAUCUGUUCAAGUGGUGCGCCAAGCUGGUCGGCUCCAACAACCACAAGAAGUGGCUUGAUGUCGGCAGAGGCCUCGAGCUGCACACGGCCUUGUUCAUUUGGAUGCUGGCGGUGCUCGUUUCGUAUGGGCCGACCCUGGACAUGGGCAGACCGAGGGACAAGCCUUUUGUCUCGUGGAUCGACGUGGUUUUCAAGGUCAUCAUUGCGCUCUUUGUGCUGGCGGCGCUCAACUUUAUCGAAAAGAUCUUGAUCCAGUGGAUCGCCAACUCGUUCCACCGCCGCACGUAUGCCUACCGCAUCGAGGCCAACAAGCGGGACAUACUGUACCUGGUCUCGCUCUACACGUACUCGCGCACCAUGAUCGAGCAGGAGGAGGAGUGGAGCCCCAACGGCCAGAGCCCUGCGACCGGGGCGAGGACGCCCAUGCAGGCGCUGCAGCGGAACGCCCGAGACGCCUUCACCCGCGUCGGCAACGUCGCCAACAGGGUCGCCGGCGACUUUACCGGCCGCAAGAUCCUGGACGAGAACCACCCGCAAAAGGUGGUGGCGGAGCUGCUGCGUUCGACUCCUACCAGCUUCACGCUGGGCAGGAUGAUCUUCCGGACUUUUGUCACGCCCGGAAACGAGACCCUGACGCUCGAGGACUUCCAAAAGGUCUUUGAUAACACCGAAGACGCCGAGGCGUGUCUGGGCGUCUUUGACAAGGAUCUCAACGGCGACGUGUCGAUGCAGGAGCUGGAGCUGGUCUGCAACGAGAUCCACCUCGAGAAGAAGGCCAUUGCUGCGUCCCUCAAGGAUCUGGACUCGGUCAUCAAGAAGCUCGACAAGGUCUUUAUGUUUAUCGUCCUGGUCAUUGCCAUCAUCGUCUUUGUCUCCAUCAUCUCGGGCUCCGCUGCGGCUGCUCUAGGGUCGGCAGGAACCACGGUUCUGGGUCUGGCGUGGAUGCUGCAGGCGACGGCGCAGGAGUUCCUCCAGUCCAUCAUCUUCGUCUUUGUCAAGCACCCGUUCGACGUCGGAGACCGCGUGCGCGUGUACGGCAACACCGGCGACAUGAUGACGGGUGACGACUACUACGUCCAGGAGAUCUCGCUGCUCUACACCGAGUUCAAGAAGAUGCAGGGCCACGUCGUGCAGGCGCCCAACUCGCUGCUCAACAACCUCUUCAUCCUCAACCAGCGGCGGUCCAACGGCCUCGCGGACCCGAUCGUGCUCAAGGUCCGGUUCGGUACCACCAACGAGGUCAUCGAGGAGCUGCGCGACCGCAUGACCGACUUUGUGCUGGAGAACAAGCGCGACUACGGGCCCCGCAUCAUCACCGAGGUCAGCACCAUCGACGAGGUGUACUCGGUCACGCUCAGCUUCGUCUUCUUCCACAAGUCCAGCUUCCAAAACGAGCUGCUGCGCCUGCAGCGCCACAACCGCUUCGCCGGCGAGCUGAUGCGCCAGAUGGCACUGCUGGGCAUCGAGGGCCCGAGGAAGCAGCAGCCCGGAGGCACCAGGGACCUGCCCUUCUACUGGACCAGCGUCCCGCCGCCGGCGUUUGAGCCAGCCACCACCUACGUCACGCCGCGGCCGGAGCAGCCGCAGAGCCAGCCGAGCCAGGACGGCACGGCCACCAGCCCCGUCGUACCGUUCCCAUCCCUGAGCAUCCACACGGCGGACCAAGAACGCCAGCAGCAGCUGCAGCAGCAGCACCAACAACAACAACAACAACAGCAGCAGCAGUCGACGGGCGUGUCCACCGGGGCCUCGCAGUCGACUACGUCGGUCCGGCGCCGCCGCGGCCCGUCGGUGGUGAUAGACCACGGGCCGGACAUGUUCCAGGACGUCUACGGGAGCCGCCGGCACGACACGAGCGCGCAGCUCGCACGCCUGCAGAGCAUCCGGGCGGCGGAGCACACCAUCCAGCCGGCGGUGCACUCGCCCUCGUCGCCGGGCAUCGAGCGCACCACCACGCGCGGCAGCCUCCACAGCCUCGGCCAGCACCCGUCGCGGAGGUUCUGGUCGCGGCGCGAGGCCAUACAGGAGCGCGACGUCGGCGAGGGCGAGGAGAGGCCCAUCGUGGGCAGCCCCAGCCCGCCGCCGCCUGGAGCGAGUGCCUCCAAGCUUAGUAGCGCGGAGAGGAUGGUGUGA